UUUUGAAAAAAAUUGUUUUCUUAUGAAAGUUGUCUGAUAUUUUGCUUGAAACUAGUUAAUAAUACAAAAAAAUGAAUCAACUCUUCCCUGACAUUAAAAAGUUUUAAUGCGUGGGUAGGUUAGCACAGGGUAUAUUGGUUAGCAAAACAUUAGCAAUUUCCUAGAAUAACACCGAGCGUGGAAAAGAACACCGACGAAACCGGCGCACAUGAGGAGUUAUCCGUGCAUGGCGUUCUGCGCAUGAAGCGUUUUUGCGUCAGCGUGCUUGUUGUUUGGGAAGUCUGUUGAGUAUUGUCGCAACAUUUAAGCACAUUUAAGUGAGCAUUUAAGUCACGCCAAGCGCUGAAAUGGGUCGAAGAAAAAGCAACAGGAAACCACCACCAAAGCGCAAGAACAUUGAGCCAUUGGAUCUCCUCUUUAACUGCCCGUUCUGCAACCACGAAAAAAGCUGUGAAGUGAAAAUGGAUAAGGCGCGGAAUUCGGGCCGUGUAACGUGCCGGGUGUGCUUGGAGGACUUCCAGACCAACACCAACAUCCUCUCGGAGCCGAUCGACGUCUACAACGACUGGAUCGACGCCUGCGAGUCGGCCAACUGACCGGCGCCGCCGCCUGCCGGCUGACGGACGCCGGACCGGGUCCUCCACAGGCAGGGUCUGACGGACGCCGGACCGGCGCCGCCACCUGCAGCUGACGGACGCCGGACCGGGUCCUUCCUGCUGCUGACGGACGCCGGACCGACGCCGCCACCUGCCGGCUGACUGACGCCGGACCGACGCCGCGACCUGCCGGCUGACGGACGCCGGGCCGACGCCCGACCUGCCGGCUGACGGACGCCGGACCGACGCCCGACCUGCGGCUGACGGACGCCGGACCGGCGCCCGAGUCGGCUGCGUCGGCCGGCGGCCUGUGAGCCGCGGAGCGUCGUCAUCGAGCAGCCCGCGGCGACGGAGGCCGGCGCCGCGGUGAGGACGGUGUGGGGACAGCCAGCCGGUCACUGCUCGUGUUGGUAACGCUGGCCGCGGACGUCGUCCGCUCGGCGCCGAACAGGGGGCGCGGGGGGGGGCCGCCCUGGGGCCCAUUCCCGUGUCUGUGGGCAGUGGCGGGUGCAUCUGUUGACCGAUUGUACUGAGUUUCUAUUGCGCAUAUCACGACCAUUGUAGAGAGCAGUGAGUUCGGUAAAAAAAAAAAAAAAAUCGGUAAACAAAUUACGGCCGGACUUAUCCGGAGAGGGACCGAUAACGGUGACCGGAUUCUCAAUCCUUUCGGUGGAACUAUUCGUCAUAUGGCAGUCGCAGUCAUGUUAAUGCAUUGAUCAUCAUCAUGUGUCACGUAAAUCAAUAAAGUUAUUGAUACUAUCUA